CAGCGAUGCAGCACCCUCAGGUGUGGGCAGCCUAAGGCAAUCGAAUGGUAGCAGCCUUGUUUCGGUGAUUCUGAGCUCGCUGUCAAUGGCAACUCUGUCCGAAACGACAUGCAUCAAACACGCAAAUUUAUCUGUUGGGAUCGUGCCCUACGUUGAUACAGCCUUGGUUCUCCGGGACUUGUCGCUGCGGCUGAACGAAUUUCCGAAUAGCCCGUUCUCUUGUACCGCAAUGUUCAAAUCCCAGCGACCUGCAUGGGAUUACCAUCCGAAGUAAUAACUUCUCAGCAGGAAGCUACAGGAAGGGGCCAAGGUGAUGUGAUGGGUAAGGGUCGAAGUCUGUUUAGGCGCUUGGUUUCCUUAGACGCUCUCUUUGCCCACUAGCAUCGUCUGAAAAAUCAAAUCCAGGCUGGGCAGUUCGAUAAAUACGUGCCAGCGAUUUCAUCCGUACGCCCCUCAUUUUUCUCUGUUCUCUCCCUUCUUUCCUUCAAGAAUGGCGUACCAGCCCAUCUUCCUCUCUCGAUGCGACGACGGCUGCUUCGACGCAUCUCCGGGAGGGUUUUCAAGAUGCUGCUCAUAACAGCGAUAUUUGUCGUCAUUACCAGUCCGAUCUAUAGAUUUCAGUAUUGGUCGAAGCCGUCUGGACUACCUGGCUCGCCUGUGAACUUCGGCAAUGGGCAGGACGGGGUAUUGAUUGUAGGUGCCGUGGAGUCGGUGGACACAACGAACCUGCAGGUCCAAUUCAUGUGGGCAAUACUUGGUUGUGGAUCAGAUUACUGUGCAGACUGUUCCACGACACACGAUGUGGCACUCUAUCUCAGUCUGUCGCGGUCUUUAUGGACAGCGACACGGAAGGUCUCACAUUCACCAACGGAACGGGAGAUUAUGGCUCCACAGUUGAUCUGACCUCUGUCAAUGCGGCAGCGACAAUUUCUGGCUCGUCACAGUCCGACGGAUGGAGUUCAAGCGAUGUUGUCUCUAACCACACAGCCGGCAGAACAGUGUACCGUUUUUUAACAGCGUCGAACCCGUUGACUUUGCCCAAGUCAUUUUAAACAGGUUGUCAGCAGGUAACGCCUUUCCGCUAGACAAGUACCAGAUCUUUUCGUCUUUCGUCGUGGUCUCUACUGCGACGAGCUCGACCUUGCCCGUGACAGGAAUCGUGCCCUAUGUUCUCAUUGGCAGCGGAGACUCUUGGAACUUGGAUGUCUCCGCUGUCAAUGUCACCAGUGCACCCGCUGGUAUCAGUUUGAGGAUGAGUCGCCCACAGACGUUCAUCGUGUUCGUGGUCGCUGUCUUCGUGGUCAAUUGGUGCAUCACUCUUGCGGUGAUCAUGCUCACUGUCUGGGUCAUCCUCCUACGGAUCUCUGACCAGAAGUCACCCUCGGAGUCUGGGAAUGCCCAGAGGGGCAUCGCGUCUGCUCCCGCCAACUCGAGUGGAUCUCUAAACGAAGACGAACCCGAACAAGCCACUCAAGAAUGGAGAUCAGUUCCCUUGGAGGUUCUCUCUUCAUUGCCUCUCACAGCCUUAUUCUCCAUGCCUGCAUUGCGCACCUCCAUCAACUAUCCCAUCAACGUCGCAAGCGAUGGAUCAGGAUUUAUAUCCUGCAUUGUCAUAGUCGCAGUCUGCACCGCCCUGAUGUUAGGCAUGCUUGCCCUCAACUUGACCUGGAUUAGUUUAACCUCCGCUCGCAAGUUCGUUCGCACGAAUACGCUGCAGGGUACACAUCUAGAAGAAGCCCAUGCACUUGAACCUCUACGCGAUCGCAGGUCGCCAACUACCAUGCGUACUUCUCCAUUGCAUAUG